GAAAUUCAAGUGUGUACACAAAAAUAGAGACCAUUUUCCCAUAUAAAAAAAAAAAUUAAAGCUGAUGUAUGUACACCUUUAAUUAAAUCAUCACCUGACAUCUCCAAUUAAUCUUUCUGCUGAUGAAACAAAAAUCAAAUAACAUUAUUAAUAACAAUUAAUGUAUUAAUAUAAAUAAUAAUGGCAUCACCAGCACCAAAAUCACCUGAACAAACUGAAAAAAAUAGAAAAUACGAUCGACAAUUGAGAUUAUGGGGUGAUCAUGGACAAACAUCAUUGGAAGCUGCUGAUAUUUGUUUAGUUAAUGCAACUGGUCUUGGUACUGAAAUAUUAAAAUCACUAGUAUUACCUGGAAUUGGUGCAUUUACAAUUGUUGAUGGUAAAAAAAUAACACAAGAAGACAUUGGGGCAAAUUUUUUUCUUGAUUCUGAUAGUGUUGGUAAAUCAAGAGCUCAAGUUGCAACACAAAUGUUACUUGAAUUAAAUCGUGAUGUAAGAGGAGAUUUUAUUGAUGAAAAUCCAGAAGAAAUUCUUUAUAAUAAUCCAGAUUUUUUUAAUUGUUUUACAAUUGUUGUUGCAACAGCUGUAUCAGAAAAAACAUUAAUAACAUUAUCAAAAAAAAUGUGGGAAUUAAAUAUUCCUCUAAUUGUUUGUCAAAGUAUUGGAUUUAUUGGAUACAUGAGAAUACAAACACAAGAACAUGCUAUUAUUGAAACACAUCCAGACAAUGAAAUGCCAGAUUUACGUCUUGACAAGCCAUUUGAUACACUCAAAGACUACAUGGAUUCAUUGAAUCUUGAACAAAUGGAUUUAAAAGAUUAUUCACACACACCAUACGUUGUGAUACUCUAUAAAUAUCUACAAAAAUGGAUUGAUGAAAAAGGUGAUGUACCAAAAAGCUAUCAAGAAAAAAAACAAUUGAAACAAAUAAUAAAACAUGAUAUCAGAAAAGAUGAAGAUGGCAAUCCAAUUGAAGAAGAAAAUUUUGAAGAAGCUAUUAAAGCAAUUAAUACGUCAAUUGGAAAAACAACAUUACCAAAAAAUGUCAUUGAUAUUUUAAAUGAUGAUCAGUGUAUUAAUUUAACAGCAAAAAGUUCAUCAUUUUGGAUUAUUGCUAAAGCUAUCAAAGAUUUUAUUGAUAAUGAAGGUUGUGGAAUGUUGCCAGUUAAAGGUGCACUUCCUGAUAUGACUGCUGAUAGUGAAAAAUACAUAUCUCUUCAACAAAUAUAUCAUAACAAAGCAAUGAGUGAUGUUGAAGCUGUUUGGCGACAUACAAUUCGUCUACUUGUUCAACUUGGUCUUCCAUCUGAUUCAAUAUCAGAAAAAGAUGUUAAAUUAUUUUGUCGUUAUGCAUCUGAUAUACAUGUUGAACGUGGCACAUCAAUUGCUGAUGAAUAUGAUCCAAAAACAAUAAAUGCAAAUCACAUUGCUGAACAUUUAGAAAAUCCAGAAAGCAUGAUGGUUUAUUAUGUUGUUUUACGUGGUGUUCAAAAAUUUCAAACUGAAUUUAAUUCAUAUCCUGGUGAAUUUGAUGAUCAUGUUGAACCAGAUAUUGUUAAGCUAAAAGCAUGUAUAUCAAAAUUACUUGGUGAAUCAGGAUGUGGACCACUUGUUAAAGAUGAUUAUGUACAUGAAUUUUGUCGUUUUGGUGGUGCUGAAUUACAUUCAGUAUCAGCAUUUCUUGGUGGUCUUGCUGCACAAGAAACAAUUAAAUUUAUCACCAAUCAAUAUAAACCAAUUCAUAAUACAUUUAUUCAUGAUGCUGUAUCAACAAAUUCAGCAACAUUUUUUUUUUAAUUAAAUAAAUAAUUUAUCAAUAAUUAAU